AUGAACAAAGAAAUGGAUGCUAUGCUGCCCGAUCGAACACCAUUUCGUGAUGGGAAAACCUUGGAACCCACACCAUUUUGUGAUGGGACAACCCUGGUGGAACGCUCUUCUCGCCCUCAAGAAGGCAUGUACACAUACAUAGUAGUUGGAAAAUCCGCUCGCCAUCAGUCGGACAUUUCAAAAGAACAAGAAGAACACCAACAACAUAUGCAGCAGCUGCAGAUUGAUCCAGCAAACCAGCCUCUGUCACAGCCUCAGGCAAAUCAGCCUCAAAUACAAGGAGAUGCAGACGAAAGCAUACAUGCUUCGACAGUAGACCACAUCAUCAGAGGGAACACAUCCCUGGAUGUCUACAAUGGACGAGAUUCUACUCAUGUUUCGUCAUCUUUGUUGUUGGAUCAAACAGCACCCACUGGCGUGAUCGAAACGACUCUUGCACCCCAACCGAUACCGAAGGGAUUAAGGCCAAAGAAGCAAGUGACUACUGUUGCUCCUACUGAUGCCACAGCACGGAAUGACCCGCCAACAAGCAAUACGACCGAGCCCCGAUAUAGAUCCUAUCAAAGGGAUCAGUGGGAGCAACAAUAUCAGAAAUUGAUCAAAUUCAAACAAACGCAUGGGCAUUGUAAUAUUCCGCAUUCUUACGAUUCCGAUCCUACUCUCGCUCGAUGGGCCAAGCGUCAGCGGUAUCAAUACAUGAGGAAACAGGAACAAAACAAGUCUUGCCUGUCGGAUGUGAGGCAACAAAAGCUGGAAGAAGUAGGUUUCGUAUGGGACCUUCAGACGAUGGCCUGGCAAGAACGCUUCAAUGAACUAGUGGAAUACGUGCGUCGGAAUGGCGAUUGUAACGUCCCGAGUCGCUUUGGGGAGAAUCCUGCUCUCGGCAUGUGGGUCAAGGUCCAACGCCGACAGUACAAGCUCUAUUGCUUCAACCAGCAAUCCUCCCGUCUGACACCAGAGCGCUAUCAGCUCUUGACCAAUCUAGGAUUCCAAAAUAGUUAG